AUGAUGGAAGAUGAUGAUGAUGAUGCAAAGCUCAAAGAAGAAAUAGAAGCAGAAUUGGAUAAAAUCAGCAUUUCCUCCUUAGAAAAAGAUGAGGUUGAGAGUGAUUCAAAAUCAGAAACUCAGAGUGAUGACAGUGACGCUAGUUUAGAUGAAUUACCAGAGUCAGUUCUUCACUGUAUUAACAUCAUAAAGAACAAGAGUAAAACUGCCGAAGAACUCAUUCUUCAGGACUUAGAAGAUUCUGAUGUUUUAAGCUGCAGCUAUGGAGAAGUUUGUAAUAAUCACAUCUAUUUAAGGAUCGGGUUGUCAACAGCAGGUAAAGAAGAUUCUGAGCAAUUAAUGAAGAUAUUAUCUGAAAUAGAAAAAGAGGAAUUUAUGAGAAGUCAAACCCGUUGUGCCAAUCCAGAUUGUAUUACUGGGCCCCAUCCUUGUGAAUUGCAUAUGGAAGAACAUGUUUUACCAGGGGAGGAGGCUAUAAGUUUUGGAUACUGUGAAGUAGAAGAAAGGUGUAGGCAGUCAUUUGAAGCGUGGCAAAACAAACAGAAAGAACUAGAAGACAAAGAAAAGGAAACUCUCAAAGCUCAGAGAGAUAAAGAAAAAAAGCAAUUUCAAGAGGAAGAGGAAAAGAGAAAUUGCUGGAUGAAAAAAUUUGAAGUUGAAAAGAAAAAAUUAGAAGAUAUUCAGAAGCAAGAGCAGGACAAGAUGAAUGAUGAACUCCAUAAAGAAGAGGAAAUGUGGAAAAAGAAAUUUAAACAGCAUGAGGAGCAUAUUAGAAACUUGCAUUUGCAAAUGGAAGAGGAAAGAAUAAAGUUCAAUGACUUACAGGAAAAAGAAAAACAUCGUUUGUCAAAACUGCAGCAUGAUGCAGCUGUAAAAAUUCAAGCUAAAUAUAAAGCAUUCAAAACCUACCAAAAGUACAGCCUGAUCAUAAGAGAACAAAUAGAAAAUAAGAAAAGGAAAGCCCAACAGUGGAAAGAAAUGGAAGCAAAAAUAAGACAAAAGGAUGAAGAAAGACGAAAAAGAUUAGAGGAAAAACAAAGGCUUGAAGAAGAGAUAAAAAAGCAGAGGCAAGAGGAAAGGAAAAAGAGAGAAAAAGAAUAUGAAGAGAAAAAGAACAUUCUGAGACAAGAAAGAGAGGAACUAAGAAACAAGGAAAAAUUAAGAUUAAGAGAGGAUGCAGGCCAACUGUUAAUAAUAAGGAGUGCAUUAAAGAAGGAUGAAUAUAAUGUCAAAAAUUUAGUUGUCACAGAUAUGUCAAAGAAUAAGUCUGGUAUAGCUAAAGUGUCAGUGGAUGUAAAUUCAAAGAAGCAGGAAGAUGUUCCUUUUGGGCUAGUUGGGGAAUCAAGUAAGAGAGAAAAUGUAGAUAGACAGCUUAUAUUGAAAGAAUUAAAUCAAAUACAGUCAACAUCAAACCAAUCAAUUUUGGCAGAAUCAAAGAGAAAAAAAAGUGAAAACCUAGCACAAAAACAAUGUUCUCAAAAAUUGGUUAAGCGAGAAAUAAACUGUGAAAAUGUGAACCAAAAAGAUGAAUUAGAAAACUCUGAUCUAAAAGACAAUGUGAUUGUGCAGUUUCAGCUGCAAAAAUUAAAAUCUCAAACACAAGAUGGGGAAAGUGUGGAACAGGCCAUAAAUGAGAAUAUGGAAGAAGAUAUCCAAAUAAUGUUAGGACAAAAUCAAGAAAUUGAGAUGAAAAACAGCAAAGCACAGAAAGCAAUCAAAGAUAACCAACAGAAAAUAGUACAAAGAGUAGAAGAGGAGGAGAUAUCAGAACAGAAUGAACCAUUGUACGAAGAGGAUAAUACUUCAAUUUUUUCAAUAAAACAAAACCUACUAUCACUAAAAUUAGAGGAUUCUGGGGGUAUGCCAGGAAACGUAAAGCUACACGACAAAGAAAUGGACUUCAAAUUCAAGGAAAUUGAGGAAAAUGCAAAAGUCAGUGCCGAGAAUAGUGACAUUGUGAUUUUUAACAUCACUGAUGCUGCAGUAGACACAGAAGGCAAAGUCAACAAUUGUGUUUUAGGCAGCAGUGCUGCUUGUGAAGACUUGAGUGGUGAUAAUGAAGAAAGUUCCUUGGUUAAGAAAAAGGUCAACUCUCUUGAAUCUGAGAUGAAGGAAAUUCCAGAAGAAUGCCAUGGAACGAGGAAUGAAAGUGAAAGUAUCACGAUCCAUUCCACCCCAGAGUUGCCAUUUUUAUCUUCAGUUGAGGAAAAGAGAUUAGUUUGGAUAAAAUCAUUCAAAUCUUGGUUUGAAGUUUUUAAACAAAAUCAACAGGACAAAGUUAUUAAAAGAAAGAGACCUGUGAAAUGCCCCAACAAUGUGAUGUCCCCUUUGAAUACAUUAGAAAUUCUUCAGGGUGGCCCUUGGAAUACUUUACAGCAGGUUACAUCUGUUACAUUUCAAGAUUUGCCAGGUUGUAAUCUCUCCACACUGGCAGAGUGUAUAAAUCUGAAGUUUCUGUCUCUUCGACGCUGUGGACUAAAUUCUCUGCACAACCUGAGUAACUGCAAAAAAAUUAAGUACAUUGAUGCACAGGAAAACCAUAUUGAGACCAUCAACUGUGAAAAUUUGGAGAAUCUCUGUGUUGUUCUUCUUAAUAAUAAUCAACUCACUUCUCUUCAUGGCUUGGAUGGUUGCACUAAUAUUCAGAAUCUUGAACUUUCCCAUAAUAAAAUCACACGAAUUGGUGGUUUAGAGUCUUUGAAAAAUCUUCAGCAACUAAUUAUGGACCAUAAUCAGUUAAUUAGUACUAAAGGUCUUCAUGAUACACCUACCAUUAUACACCUGGAUUGCUCGUAUAAUCAUCUUACUGCCAUUGAGGGCAUUGAAAACUGUGGAUUGCUCCAAAUACUGAAGUUACAGGGAAAUUAUCUAAGUGAGCUUCCAUCCUUGGAGAAUCAUGUUCUGCUAAGAGAAUUGCACUUGGAUGAUAACAGCAUUUCAACUGUGGAAGAAUUUUCUUCAUAUUGGUUGCCUUUACUUCAAAAUCUUACCAUCUGUCAAAACAGUUUAACAAAAAUUGUACCACUUUUUCAUUUUGUUUCUUUGGAAAAACUGGAUGUCAGCAAUAAUUGUCUUUCUGAUCUUACAAGUGCCAAAAAAUGGUUUGGUGACUGUUACUCUCUCCGUGACCUCUCCCUCACUGGAAACCCACUUCUUCAAGAAAUAAAUUGGAGGUGUUCCCUACUUAAAAUGUUGCCUUCACUAAGAGUCCUCAAUGGUGAUAUUCUACCCCCUGGUUCAGAAAUCCACACUAAGGAACACCAUCACCUAGAAUCAGGCUGUUUCCUGGUUCUUUGUCAGCACCAGAUUCAAGAAUUCACUUUACUAAAUGCAAACUACAAGACUGGAAAAGGGGACAUAUUCACUUUGGAUGCUUCAGAAAAUCUCUGCCAUUACUUUAACAAAUUGAUGACACUUAGUAAGGAAUUCCGGUAUGCACAUGAACACUGGGCUGUAAAUGUCACCAAGAGAGAUGAAUCUGAAGCUGAGCAAAAUCAUUUGUCCCCUCCAGACAGUGCCAGGACACUGCAAAAUGGAGUCCCCCACUCUUGUGCAAGUGAACAUAAGGCAGAUGUACCAGAUAUAGUUGAGACAUUGGUGGACUUUGACUCUAGUCACUCUGCAUUAAGCUAUUCCUGUAUAUGUGAAGAUCUGGAAGGAAGAAAUCAGGAAAGAAUUGGAGGCCAGAAGAGAGAAGACAGCAAGACAAGCAGUAUUUCCACCAAAAGGAUCCCACUCAUGGAAACCAUGAUGGCAAAUUGUUUGCUGAGUAAUCACCAAAAUACUGAACAGAAUGAAAAAAUUAUGGCAGCUGUGGUAAUCCAGUCACAUUGGCGUGGUUAUGCAGUGCGCAGAAAAAUUAAUUUCUCUACAAAGACACACACUGCUGCAACAGAACCCCAGCCAGAUUCCUUCAUGAAUAAUCAGACUAUUUUAAAGAAAGAGAAAAGAGGAAUUAUUAUGACUAUUCAAGAACAGAGGGAGAAGGCUGCUGUUAUUAUUCAGGCAGUUUGGAAGGGCUUUAUUUUACGAAAGAAACUAACAACAGCUCUGGAGGCUAUCAAGUAUGAAGAAUCUGAAGAAGAAUAUGAAGAAAUAGAUUUAGAGGAUUUUACAUUUGAUGAAGCUGCCUUAGAGAAAGAAUGGCUAGCUUUAGAUUCUACCCGCUUCCCUUCACAAACACUGCUUCUCUCAAACCAGCUGCACUGGCCAAAGAACUCUGGAUCCUUGAAAUAUGAUGAUACUUCACUUAAUUUACCAAGCUGCCCAGCUCAAGCAUGGCUCUGUAAUGAAAAAGAGAAUUUGUUUUCAUUGAAACACACACAGUUAAAUAGCAGAUCAGAAAAUAGAACUUUAUCCUGGACACCUGAAUCAAAAACAAGUAGAAACAGUUUGCUAAAAUCUGAAAAAGAAGAAAAAAUUUCAGAAGAAUGGGGCUUCAAGGAUAUUUCUACUGCUCAGCAAAUGCUGAAGAGGGCAAAGAAAAUGAAAUCAAAGAAAUUAAAGAAAAAAUUAGACAGUUUGACUGAAAUUUUUCUUUUCAAAAACAAUCGCAACAAAGGAAAAAUCCUGUCAUCAUGUAAGAAAAUUAAGCCAAGAGUUGAGUACUAUUGGGAGGGCAAGGAAGAAGACUUUAUCUAUAAGGAUAGCACUGCAAAUGAAAAAUUUGAAACAAGAAAAGAAUACACAUACCAGUGGCUUCACACACAGGUUGGGAUUCAUGAAAAAACUAGUUCCAGAAAUAUGAAAUGCAAUCACUUCUUGCCUGAGUUAGAUCCAGAUGUACUUAAUGGUGGAAGAGUUCAACUUGUGGCAAGACUUGUAAGCAGAGAAGACACGGAUUUGGACCUUUUUUCCAUGACCAGUGGAAGUGCUUUGUCUGUGAAAAAAGAAAAAAAAAGUCAGGCACACAGACACUCAGCGGGAUCUUCAAGUAAGUUGUGGUUUCCUUCAGAAUUAAUUUAG